GUCCCUAUGCAGCGGGUGUAUGGGUGGAGUAGAGUUUACAAUACAGUUUGUAAAUGUAUCGAAAGCGCGUCCGGCGCGUCCUGCCCCGGCUCUGACAGCAGGGUUGGACGAGAUGACAGCGCGCCGGGAAAGUUUGCCCUAAGAGCUGCCUGGUUGCGCUCUCGGUACCUCGGACCCUCGGCUCUAAAAUGGCUGGCUGUAGGUCCGAGGAAGCUCCGGUGCUAACGGGAGGAUACACGCUCCGCGCCGCGGCGGCGCGCCAACACACACGUCCCUCUCCUCCGAGCGACGCGUUCGUCAGGUCCCGGGUCCGAGAGCUGUCACGGCGCACAGGCACCACGGCGAUGUUGGCAUUUCGGACCUAGGACUGAACAGCACGUGAACGGCAGAAGUCUGAGAGAGGACAUGUUAUUUCGCUCACAUCGUUCGGACCCUGCUGCACUCCGGCGCGUCUGCGACCGAUCGGCGGUUCGGCGGUCGAUAUUCGCCGAUCUAUAAUUUUUGGAACAUGAAGAUAUCUAAAUAGGUAUGCCCCAAAAUGGAUUCUCAGUUGGCUUCAGUCCUGACCAGUGGCAGCCUGGAAGUCCAAAAUGGCAGCCAGUGCACAGAAGGACCAGAGACGGUGACAGAGGAUGUUGUGGACUCAAAGGAGAAAUCCUCCCUCAGUACUGUACCAGGUAACCUCCAGCCGUGCCCUGUCAAGGCAGCGGUGACCAUCAGACGAGAUGCUUCUUCAGUCAAUGGGAAAAAGCCAGAGGGGGGCGGGAAUUGUAAGCCAGCCUCUCAGGAAACACGUAAGAUUGGUGGGUUCAGGGAGCCAAUUACAGUGAAGACUGGAGUGCCUGUUCUGCGGAGCCAACCAAUCAGAAUCAAAAUUGUUGUUCCCCCACGGUGCAAGAGGCCAAUCACAAACUCUGCCAUCAGCCUGACCAAAGACUUUGCUCGUACACACUUCAGGAGACCUGUGUUGGUCUCAUCUAGAGCUGUGCUCGCAGGAAGAAACAGAAGUAAAAUCAAAAGACCUGCUGUUAAAAAGGAAGGGGAGCUCAAGGAAGUUACUCAUCAAAAGACUGAGGAAGAUAGAGCGGAAUCAUUCCAUGGGACGGAGGCCGAGAGAGGGAAUAAAAUGUGCAAAGAGACAGAUGUUUUGGAUGCUAAAAUCAUCCACGUGGACGGGUCGGGAACUCCUCUCGUCUCCAGGACUCAUACAGUUAAAAUGCUGAGCCAGAGGGGGAUUAAAGAGGAAACCACAGAGAAAGACAUUGAGGAAAACAUUCCUCUAAUUUUGCACGAAAUGGACUUGGAGUCUUGCAAGACAUUUGAUGAGGUGGGAAUUUACGAACAGACGGAACCACUGGACCUGAGUUUGCCCAAGAGAAGAGAGAGUCUACAAAGGAGGUGCGGCCUAACUCUGGAUGAUUCUGGCUGUGAGACGUCGCUGAUUAUGGAGGUAGAUGAAUACGAGGGAGAAGGAGACAGAGACAUAGUAGAAGAGGACGACGACGAUGAAGAGGACUCUGUGGAGCACGUGGACGGCACAGAUACACCCGAAGACUCUCUUCUGUCUCCCUCUUUCUUUUCUACCUCUGUCUUUACAUCCCUCCCCUCCAUAGACCAUGAUACUGAAAACCUCCUUCUCAUAGACGACCAGGGAAUCCCGUAUACUCUCAGUCCAGGUGGACUCAAAGUGCCACAAGUCGAUGCUUCCACGUCAAGCGAUCCUCAAUCCGAUCAAGCUAAUUCAUCGCAAGUAGAAAGAAAGGGGAUAUCGCAGUUAACAGAGCCGAGCCUCAGCCAAAGCUUAGAUAAUGCACUAAAUGCACCUUCUGAUACUUACCCGUCUCUGGUCCCUGACGCUGAUUCACCAUCACUACGUGUUGAUCGGGCAGAAGCUCCAGAAGUCCUCACAAGUUUGACUUUGAACUCAGAUCCCACAAAGGCAGCAGAGUCAAGUAUUGGAGCUGUUCAGGAGCCUAGUGCUGUUCUGUCCCCGUCCUCUGGGAUCCCAGUCCCCAGCCAGCCCAUUCAGAUCCUCACAAACCCUUCAACCAACGCUCCUAUUCUCCUCCUGUCGUCCUCGUCUUCCUCUCCUCAGCUCUCCUCUGUUCCGGUGAGUCUCUCGCUUCCCCUCUCUGUUACUCAGACCUCGCCCGGUGCUUCCACCCCCAUGUUUCUUCUCCUCUCCUCUGUGCCCUCUUCCUCUGGUGACUCCGUCUCUACCUCCACCCCCAUCGCAGUCCUCGACUCCUCGACAGGGCAGCUGUCCCAGAUCACUGCAGCGGCAGCCCCCGUCUCUCUCCCUCUGUCCUCCGGUCAGGUGGGCAAGCUGGGAUCACCUCUGCCGACGCUGUCUCACCCCAUCAUCCGACUGAGCGCCAAUGAGCCUCCUGUUGUCCUGUCAGGAGUGAAUAAUGUAAACUCAGUGUCUGCCGUCACCUCUCUUGCUGCCCCUUCGUCCACUCCUGCACUCCAAAAAGACCACAGCAGCACGACCCCCGCCCUCCACACUCAGACCAACUCCUCCGAGUCAAACCCAGGAAGUAAAGCCAUAUCUGCCGAAGAAGUCUCAAAUGAAAUCAACAAGCCAUCAGCUGUUGCAGAAUCCACUCCGCACCCACAGUCUUCUAUUUUGACCUAUGACCCCUUAGCUCAGCCCAGCUCAGAGGCAGAAGCCCAAUCACCAGCCCCAGAGUCUAAAUUUAACCCCUGUGGCCUGCACUCAGAACAUUUACACCUGGAUGACCAUCUUUACUUCUCAAACAUGGCUGCUCCGCCCUCCCCGCCCGUAGGGCCCACGCUCCCCUCCGGUAACCUCGACCCCCUGGAUCCUCUCUCUCCAGCUUCAUCGCCUAGCAACAUGGGCGCCCGCAGGGUGCUGUACUGCCAGCUGUGCCCGCGGGUCUUCUAUUACCUCUCCGACCUUGAGCGCCACGCCAUCACUCACUCGCAGAAGAAGCCUCACGUUUGCCAGCAGUGCGGCAAAGCCUUCAAACGCUCCAGCCAUCUGCAGAGGCACAAGCACAUCCACACAGGCCAGAGGAACUUUGUGUGCCCCAUCUGUGCCAAACGCUUCAGGGAGGCCGGUGAGCUCCAGCGCCACCAAAGGGUUCACACCGGGGAGAAACCCUACCAGUGCCAACUCUGCCACACGCGCUUCGCUGAGCGCAACACGCUACGCCGACACACCAAACGCAAACACCCUUACCACCAAGUAGCCAUGGAAAUGCUGAACGAGAGAAGGGACCGGGGAGGCGGUGGCGUGUCCGGAGUGCAGGAGGAAGAGGAGAGCGCAGAGUGGUACAGCUCCACCGUGUCUAACUUGGACAACUCCGAGUCCGAAAUGGAAACCUAAAGACUGAAAGACGUGCGAUCAUAUCUCACUCUGAUGAGACACUUAACAUUCCUCAUCGAUUUACUUUCAAAGAAGGAAGCACUUGCAAUAUUUAUUUCAAUGUUUUUAAUAGUAAUUUAUUUAUAUGAAUGUAUGUUAUUUCCAUUCCAUUUAAUGGGCCAAAAAUACAGCCUUUCGAGAUCAUACAUGAUUUUGAAUCAGCUCUCCCAUAUGAAAAAAUUUACAAAUAUAAAAAGGGAAAGUUCAUGCUUGAAAUUAUAAUUUUUAUGUUGAUUAGAACACUAACCUGCCAGCUUGAAGUUGCAUUCCCAUACAAUCCUUGAUAAAACCCUAAAGUGCUCAGAAAAGAAGGGUAACUUAUUUACUCUAGUCUAUUAUCUGCUCUACUUGUAUAUACAGAAUAAAGUUUUCUAUUUGUCAGAGCUGCACUAUCUUAUGUGAAAGAUGUAAUCUAUCUUUCUUACCGUCAGAGACACUGUGAGUCAUUUGCACUUGUUUUAUUUGAACUCAAUAUUCACUUUUUCUUUUACAUUGUGAAGGAAGACGCUUACUUUUUUUGUUGCAGCUGUUGCUUUUAUGUAUUUAAUUCAUAUCAUGUAAGAGUCUGACCAAAUGUUUGAGUUAUUCUAACAUAAACACUAUAAACAUAUAUUUGUUUUGUUUUAUGUGAAUCAUGUUAACUUAUUUCAAUAAAAUUUGGACUGCAAACUGUAA